AUGACCGAGAGCCAAGGUGGACACGAGCUGAACCGAACUCGAGAGUUGAGAGCUGUCGUUGUUCGCAAGAAACAAAGAGAGGGCACAUUCAAACUGCGGGUCAUCUUCUUGGAUGACAGUGAGAGCAUAUUUGAGGUUGAGCAAAGGAUCUUUGGAAAUGAUUUCUACAACAAAGUAUGUGGGCACCUGAAGCUGUUGGAAAAAGAGUAUUUUGGCCUUGAAUUCCGUCACCAGUGUGGCAGUUAUAUGUGGUUGGAACUGCUAAAGCCCCUGGCCAAGCAAGUAAAAAACACCAGUGAUCCAACAUUCCGCUUCAUAGUGAAGUUCUUCCCCCCAGACCCAGGGCAGCUGCAGAAAGAACUGACCAGGUACCUGUUUGCAUUGCAGAUUAAACAGGAUUUGUCCAAUGGGAGUCUUACGUGCAAUGAUAACAGCGCUGCUCUCCUCGUCUCACAUUUACUGCAGUCAGAGCUAGGUGACUACGAGGAGGAACUUGACUUGCAACAUCUAGAGAGCAAGAAGUACGUACCCAACCAGGAGUGCCUCCACAAGAAGAUCCUGCGCUUCCACAAGAGGCACAGGGGCCAGACACCAGGGGAGGCAGACAGCCAGCUGCUAGAGGUGGCUCGGAAGCUGGACAUGUACGGGAUCCGCCCACAGGCUGCCAGUGAUGGAGAGGGCACCAAGAUCAACCUGGCCAUCACACACUCUGGAGUGUUGGUCUUCCAGGGCAACACCAAGAUAAACACUUUCAGCUGGGCCUCAAUCCGCAAACUGAGUUUUAAAAGAAAGCAUUUUUUGAUAAAACUCCAUGCUAAGAUUGUGCCCUCUCGUAAAGACACGGUAGAGCUAGCCAUGGCCAGCCGAGAUGUUUGUAAGGCCUUCUGGAAGACGUGUGUAGAGUACCAUGCCUUUUUCCGUCUCUCUGAGGAGCCCAAGUCCCGACACAAGUCCUUCCUCUACAGUAAAGGCUCCUGCUUCAGAUACAGUGGUAGGACCCAGAAACAACUGUUGGACUGCGUCAGGAGAGGGGGGAGGAAGAACCUGCCUUUUGAAAGGAAGUUCUACAAGGCCCACUAUGACAACAGGCAGUGCAGGUCCUCUCCUGACCUCCUCACUGAUGUCUCCAAACAGGUGUAUGAGCAGACCUGUGGGUUCCCCCGUGCCGACUGUGCCCCGGGUGGGAAGCGCAGUCAGUCUGCUGUGGAGGUGCUGUUCACCACUAUGGAUCUGGAGGGCCCCCCGUCCCACUCUGCACACACUUCUGCCUUCGGCCAGUCCCGCUCCUCUUCCUUCUCUGGGGCUGAGCCAGGGCCCACAGCGCUACAGGGGCUGCGGUGCCACAGUGAGAGGGACACCCAGAGCUUCAACCGCAGCAGCAGUGUGGCUGAGGGGCCUCAGAGGGGCCGACUGCUGGCCAAUACACAGCAGCUGGUCCUGCUCUACCCCAGCCCUCACUCCCACCUUUACCCCUACCCCUGCCUGGAGCUGCACCCCAUCCUGCCCCUCUCUGCUCAGGCUUACAUGUCUGGCUGCUCUUCUUUCUCCUUGGACCACGCUCCAGCCCCACUGCCUCUGUCCCACUACGGCCCCAGGCCCGCUCCCCAGGCCACCCUCCUGGACGACUUCAUCCGCUCCUCCAGUUUCUCCAACUCCUCCUCAUUGUCUCCCUGUCAGCGGCGCCAGCGUCAUCGCUACAACGUGCCUCCAGGCUUGGCCAUCGCUCCGGGGCUGUAUGCAGCCACUCUGGCUGGUUGUGGGGCUGGUCGGAGGGAAUUUGGCAGAGAGGAGACGGCAGGCCACUUCAGUGAUGACUCCAGCUACCAGGCAGGCCUGCCCAAGCGCUCCUGGAGCCAGUCUGAUAUGAAGGUCCUCCGGCCCUCUGCCCCAGCAGCAGAGUUCCGCCCUCUAGGUCACUACCCUCACCUAUCACGCCGACACUCGCCUGCACGCCCAACACACCUCCCUCUUAACCUGUCCCCCAUGCCUGAACGGCCCGCCUCUGUGUGCGUGCUAGGGGCCGGGAGCAGGACAGGGAGUGGAGAGAUCAGCCUCAGUGACUCAGACGUCAUGUUCCCAUACUACUGCCCAGGGCUUGGGAAACUGGUGCGCUCUGGCCCCCUGGCUCGGAUGCGCAUUUCAUCUGGUAGUCUGCAGCUGGACGAGGGGGAGGAAGACUCCUUUAACUUAAGUGACCCUGAAGGCAGUGCAGCAACAAAGCGGUCAUGA